AUGUCGACGCCCGCGAAAAAAAAUACUCUCCUACUCGUGGCCGAUGAUCUCGGCAAGUAUCUAGGAGCUUAUGGCUGCGAAUCCGUCGUCACGCCAAAUGUCGACCGUCUGGCUGCCGAGGGAACACGCUCCGACUAUGCGUUUGCCAGCACGGCCUCGUGCAGUGGCAGCCGCAGCACGAUAUACACGGGCCUGCACACGCAUGAAAACGGGCAGUUUGGGCUGCUGCAGAGCUUCUUCACCACCCAUUCGCAUAUCGAUAGCAACGCGACGUUGUUCAACAACCCAAGGUAUCUCACGGGGUGAGAAGGGCCCACCUAUUUAGCCAUGAACGUCACUAACUCCACUAUCUGGUCUCAUCGGCAAAUGCCUUGUCGGUCCCCCCGAAGUAUACCCCUGGCAUGUCUGCUAGGAAGCCGCCAAAACGCUACCCCGCGACGUCGCAUGGAUGGCAGACCGCGCGGAGGCAUUCAUGGAGCGCGCCGAAGCUGAACGAUAGCUGUUCUUUCUAACCGCCGCAUUCCACGAUCCGCACCGCGACUUAACCCGCGGAAUGGGAGGAAGGAUACUCUUAUGCCGGAUAGGUUUGAUCCGGACCCGGAGAAUCCGGGGACGAGAGAGGGGAGGGGUAUCAGGUUAUUGAAUCGAGGGUUGGGUUUGAGUAGAGUUUAGUUUGUUUAGCUGG